CAGCCAAGUGCCGCUUGCUAAAGGAAAUGGGUCUGGCUUUACAAAGUUUAUGGAAGUUUGUGCGCUUCUAAGCCAAAGAAAGAGUCGACUCGAUUUACAGUCAAUUAGUACGUUUUAACUCUGAAAGAAUAAUGCAUGCCAAUCUGGACUUAUGAAGUACAUCUAAUCAAGUAAAAAACGCAUUGAAAUGCGUGUCUAUGAGUUGGGCCCCCUGAUCUGAAGAGACCCAUGGCGUCCCAGUUCAGCAUCGAUGAUGCAUUUGUGCUGGAGGGAGAGGAUGAGGCCGUUGGUCCAGAGGGAGACCUGGAAGGAUGGAAAGGGAAAGACAAAGAGAGAGAUGGAGAGAUGACGUUUGGCCCUCUGUCUUUCACCAAGCCACAGACUCAUCCAGCCACUGUAGCUGGCUCCCCUGAGCACAGCAACCUCAAGUACCAGAAUCUGGAAAAUGAAGAGGGCCUGGGUAACAGCGGUGGCUCCACCUUCAACAACUUCUUCAAAAUCAGUGACCCGGCCACCCUCUCCUACUGCAGCUCCCAGUGGUCCUUCAGUACCCUCAGCUCCGUCACUCAGCUUCCUGCACGAUGCUGCGGUUGGACAUCUCACCCUCUCGUGAAGAAGAACAGGCGGAUAGUUCUAGCCUCAUUCCUCCUCCUCAUCACUGGCGUGGCCUUAAUCUUCACCGGCAUCGUCAUACAGCUGAACCCACAUGCAGGGGUCUCCAGCGCCAUCUUUUUUGUUCCUGGGUUUUUGCUCUUUAUUCCAGGGGUGUAUCAUGUGAUCUACAUCAGCUGUGCUGUCCAGGGGCGCAGAGGCUUCAAGUUCUUCUACCUGCCGUACUUUGAGAAGUGACCUCACUCCAGUUUCCCUGUCUUUUGUGCCAAAAAAAUGCCCAAUUAUUGGUUGUGUGUGCAUGUGUGUGUGUGUGUGCGCGAGAGUGAGAGAGGGAGAGAUCCCACUGUUGUAUGAACUACCACUACUAACACAGAACCACUGUGCAAACGUGCAUGCUUCCAGCAAAGUAUUUGGAAGGGAAGGAUUUUUUUAGUGCUUGUAUAUUGAUUUGUCUGAAAAUAUCUGUGACACUACAAUUUUUACUCUCAUGACUAUCAUGAUUUCUUUUUGUAGCGACAACCAUUUUUAAAUAUUUGUGUACUUCACCAAAUACCUUUAAAAUCAGUCUCUGAACGGUUCUUUUUGAUAACAAACAGGAGACAGCAAUGUAUACCAUAGUGCCAUACAUGUGGGAUUUAGACCCACUACAAUAAUACCACAAAUCAAAUAUCUGUCUUCCUUUUAAACAUGCUGUUUUUUUUCUUUCAAAAUGUUAAAGUAUAUUUUUGUGAUCAUUUUUCUAAAUAGAAUUCAAUAAUGAUAACUGACAACAGCCCUCAUCUAGCCUUAUUAGGGCAGUAGACUAUUGUUGAAAGACAUUUCAAGAAAUAUGGCAACAUGCGAGGAGUAGUUGGAGAGAAGUAUUAAGGUAGAAAUCCUGUGGUCAUCCACAGGUCUUUUGGUUGAUGAAUUUGGGUGGCUUAGUGAUCGGUUAAUAGGGUGGCUUAGUGAUGUGAUGAUCGAUUACAAUGGAUCUCAGUGCAAACAUCUGAUGCACUGGCCUCUAUGACAUGGAGAGCCUCCCAUAUCAAUUUCAACUCAUAAUUUUGUUUUAAAUGUGAUUGUAGAAUUAUGUUGCUUUUACAGUAGUUAGCAAUUACUUUAUGUAUGUUUUAACAACUUUUAUUUUUUACCAAGCCACUUGCCAUCCUUAAAUGUUGUGCAAUCUCACCUUGUAUUUAUCUGUGUGCCCUAUGUUAUGUUUUUAACUCAUUCGUGCAACCUUAACUUAUGUCUCUGUGCUUCUGCUGUGGAACCCCGUUUGGAUAGUUCUGUUCAGUCGACAAAUACCAGGAGGUGCCUCAGAUGUCCAAAGUCCUGGAGGACAUUCCAUUUCUGUCUUGUAAUGCAUUUCUGUAUGCUGGCAAUAAAAAAAAUGUGAUUUUA